CACCACCAGGCUACCACUCAAAGUCCCAGUCAAUUAACCCCCACGAACUCCACCGUGCGUGAAGUCUACUCCUCCCUACCGCCACUCCCGGCGGCUCGUCGCUCGUUCAUCGCCGCAACUUCCCGGCGACGUCGAUCUACAACAUUAUUAGGUUUAUAAAUAUAAUCUAUACUACUAAUCUUCGUCUUCCUCCUCUCGAUCGAUCUGCUUGCCAUUUCUGGAGUACUAUAUAUAUGUUGUGCGCCGCGGCAUGCAACUUGGCGUCGCAAGCUCUGUCGUACGACUGGUGAGCUUGUAUCCAAUCUGAUCAGAUCCGCGCACAAGGGCGGCGGCGGCCGGCCGCGCCGGGAGCACGGGGUGAUGAAGGGCCCGGACAAGAGGAGCAGCACGCAGGCGAGCGCCGCGUUCCAGUCGCUGCGGCUCGUCUUCGUCCUCGCGACCGUCAUGUGGGCGUCCUUCCUCUACUACCAUUUCACCGUGCUCAGCGCCGGGGCGAGGAGGGCGACGGUGCUGGACGGCGCCAGCGCCGACCCGUGCCGGGGGCGGUACGUCUACGUGCACGACCUGCCGCCGCGCUUCAACGCCGACAUCCUCCGGGGUUGCCAGAACACCAGCGACCAGUACCGCUGGCCCGACAUGUGCGGUUUCAUCAGCAACGCCGGCCUGGGCCGCGCGCUCGCCGACCCGCUCGACGGGGACUUCACCGGCGAGAACGGCUGGUACGGCACCCACCAGUUCGCGCUCGACGCCAUCUUCCACAAUCGGAUGCGGCAGUACGAGUGCCUGACCACCCACUCCGCCCUCGCCAACGCCGUCUUCGUCCCCUUCUACGCCGGCUUCGACUUCGUCCGCUACCACUGGGGCUACGACAACGCCACCAGGGACGCCGCGUCCGUCGAGCUCACGGACUGGCUCAUGCGCCGGCCGGAGUGGGCGCGCAUGGGCGGGCGAGACCACUUCCUCGUCGCCGGCAGGACGGGGUUUGACUUCCGGCGGAGCAACAACAUGAACCCGAGCUGGGGCACCGACCUGCUCAACAUGCCGGGCGGGCGGGAGAUGUCGGUGCUGGUGCUGGAGGUGUCACGCGUGCCGCAUAGCCGGGAGUACGCCGUGCCGUACCCGACCUACUUCCACCCGAGGUCCGACGCCGACGUGCGCCGGUGGCAGGACAGGGUGCGCGGUCUGGAGCGCCGGUCGCUGAUAGCGUUCGUCGGCGCGCCGCGGCCGGACAACCCGUACAACAUCCGGCAGCAGAUCAUCGCGCAGUGCGAGGCCUCCGACGUGUGCCGCCUGCUGGGCUGCGGGUUCGGCACCAGCCAGUGCCACACCCCCGGCAACAUCAUGCGGCUGUUCCAGAGGGCCACCUUCUGCCUGCAGCCCCCCGGCGACUCGUACACGCGGCGGUCGGCGUUCGACUCCAUGGUGGCCGGCUGCAUCCCGGUGUUCUUCCACCCGGUGUCGGCGUAUCUGCAGUACUGGUGGCACCUCCCGGUGCACCACGAAACGUACUCGGUGUUCAUCCCGGAGGACGACGUGCGGUCGCGGAACGUGAGCAUCGAGGCCGUGCUCCGGGCCAUCCCGCCGGAGACGGUGGAGCGGAUGCGGGACGAAGUGAUCAAGAUGAUACCCAGGCUGGUGUACGCGGACCCAAGGUCGAAGCUGGAGACGGUGAAGGACGCCUUCGACGUCGCCGUCGAGGGGAUCAUCGACAAAGUGGCCAGGGCCCGGGCCGAGGCGGCCGCGGACGAGUCGUCGUUCAGUCACGCCAUGGAGAUGUUUGGGUUCCGGCGAAAAUAAGUUACUCGUAGUACCAACCAAAAUAGAUGCAUAAUCCAUUGACAGAAUGUAGAUCAAGUCGAUAUUAUAAUUUGUGGUAUGUGCCACUCAAUUUAUUAUACAUA